AUGUCGUCUUCUUCCAGAUUCUGCUUCAACCGCGAAUGUUCUGAGUUCAACCUCAAGCAUUACCGUCCUGGUUGGCGUCUCCGUACUGGCGAUUUCGCCGACCUCUGUGAUCGUUGCGCCUCUGCUUACGAGCAAGGAAAGUUUUGUGACAUCUUUCACCUGAGGGCUUCUGGAUGGAGGUGUUGUGAGUCAUGUGGAAAGAAAAUUCACUGUGGUUGUGUUGUUUCUACAUCCAACUUUAUAUUGCUGGAUGCUGGAGGAGUUGAGUGCUUGGCUUGCGCAAGAAAAAAAUUUGCUUUGGGACCCAAAUUUUCGACACCACCAUCCUAUCUUUUCCAGUCUCCAAUUGCUCAGAAGUUCAAGGACUUGUCUAUCAAUUGGAGUUCUUCAACCGGGCCAAAUCAGAUGAACUUCCGGCCUCCUAGUUUUUUAGGACGUCCUGUUCUGCAAUUUGAUCUGCUUAAUCGUCGAGAUAAUUAUGAAUUUAGUCAACCUACUUCUAAAGACAAGGCUACUGCAUAUUCCGCAGAGAAAAAAAGGGGAACUAAUGACUUGAUGGGGAUAUUAAUGGGUGACAACUCGAAAUGUCAUACAAGCGACAUACUUAAUUAUCAGAAAGCAGGACCUGAUUUUAAAGUACCACGCCCAAACGUCAAUGUAUAUCAUCCACUGAUCUCAUUAAAGGAGGGUCCGUAUGGGACACAGCGUGAUUUUCCUGUGCCAAUUACAACACCAAUUCAGACGAAUGGACACUCGGGACUAGAUGGAAGUAAUUUAUGGCAUACACCUAAAGCAGACUUGAAUGGUGGAGCAGACUUGCCAUUCGGAAGCAAGAGUUGGAAUUCGAGGACUCAUGUUGAUACUCCAGGAAAAUAUCAGGUUGUUCCACGAUAUUGGCCUAAGGUUUCAUACGAAAGUCAAGUUCUGCAGAAUCCAUUCAAAGAAUCUGAAUCCGUUGUCACUCCCCUCUUCGAGAAGAUACUGAGUGCAAGUGAUACUGGACGAGUUGGGCGGCUGGUGAUACCAAAGAAGUUUGCAGAGGCUUUCUUGCCCCGAAUUACCACCACUGGAGGUGUGCCUCUCAAGGUACAGGACUCAAUGGGUAAAGAGUGGACAUUUCAGUUUCGCUUUUGGCCCAACACCAAUAGUAGACUGUAUGUUCUAGAGGGAGUAAAUCCAUGCAUACAGAGCAUGCAGCUUCAGGCUGGUGAUACAGUCAUAUUUAGUCGAUUGGAUCCAGAAGGGAAGCUAAUCAUGGGAUUCAGAAAGGCUUCGGUUCCUCAAUCAUCUGAUCAGGAAACUGACUCAACGCAUAACAAUCGUGACAGUUGCACAAACGGAGAUGCUGAACCAGUUGAUGCGGAUUCACCAUCUAAAGAAACUACAGAAUUUUCUUCCGGAAAGAAGAAAAGCAGCAUGAUGAUUACAAGAAGAAGCAAACGUCAAAAAAUUAAAAAGGGAGACCACAAUGAGCUAAUGCUAACAUGUGAAGAAGCUCAAGGAUUUAUGUUGCCUCCUCCCAACUCCACUCCAUCUGUAAUUAAGAUCGAGGGUUUUGAGUUUGAGGAGUAUGAGGAUGCCCCAAUCAUCGGCGAGCCAAUUACAGGAUCAGCAUGGUCUGGAGAUCAAGAACUCCUAGCUGACGAUCACGAUGAGAAAGCCAUGGAGGAAACUAAAGGAGUCUUGAUGUCACCUAAUGCAACCACAAAGCACCCACGGCAUAGAAGUGGCUGCACUUGCAUCGUUUGCAUACAAUCCCCAAGUGGGAAAGGUCCCAAACACGACCGAUGCUGUUCUUGCUCGAUCUGCGAUACGGUCAAGCGACGUAGGCGUUCUCUGUUGCUACGGAGAAAGAAGAAGAAGCAGAUAGAGAAAGAAAACAAAGCAAAAGAGAAGCUGGAGUCACAAAAGAAACUUCACCAAUCUGCUAACAACAGUAGAAACACCAGUAAGCUCCACAAGAAUCAUGCUUCUGCUUUGAAAGCCCAGAUAGAUUUGAAUUUCCAACCAGAGAAAGACGAAGAAUCUCUGCCUGGCUCUAAUGCAAGUACCGAGAACAAGUCUCUGCAUCAUGAUGACACUAGCUUCAAGCCACCACCACCAAGCUCACCACCUAUGUAUCUUCCGCUGUUGGCCAGCUUGGGGAAAAUAGAAGUUGCACUUGCAAACACCAAACCAAGCUCCAUCUAG